AUGGUUAUUGAGCAGCCACCAGUUAGAUCUUUCAGAUCUUUCAUAUCAAUCUCAAAAUCUAAUUUCUUUUCUCCGUUUGGCGAUUUCUUGGACCCGUAUCCUCUCUUUUCAACUUCUCCGAUGCUAUCGCCGGCGAAAUGUGAGCCAGAAGAGGAAAGCCCAGCUCCAUUGGAUCCCCAUUCUUCUUCUAGAUCCGAUCCAGAACGCCUCUCUCUAGUCCUCUCGUUACCCAAUCCCGGAGUUUCUGAAGAAGUUGCUCAGCCGUCUAGUAGAGAAGCCGCGAAGCUCUCACAGGGAGAAAUGAGUAGUCGGAGAUCCACGAAGCUCAGUCUUAGUUCGCCUAAAGAGAGUGGAGGAGGAGAAGAAGGUAGAGUCUCGCAAAGCAAGUCCUCCUCCCAUGGUAAGCAGCCGCUGCUGAACAGUUGUCAGGUUCGGCGGUCGCCGAGAUUUACGCCGGAGGAUGGAGUAAUCGAUAAUGUGGGCUCGGUAUCGGUGACCGGAGAGUUUGGGUUGAGUAAGAAGAUGAGUAGUAGUACUCACGUUAAGAAGGAAAGCUUAGAUUCUGCGGGAAUGACAUUCAAAGACAUAGCUGCGAUUGCCAAGAGCUUAGAGAAGGAGAUCGUUUCCGAGUGCCAAGAUAAGAACAACAAUACUGAAGGUAGAUCGCAAGUUCCGGCUAAGAGGAAAGUUGGGAGUGAUACGUUAUCUUCAAGCCUCAUCAAGCACUCUAGUAACCAGAGUCUCGGCAGCGAUAAACGAACGAGGAGAUCUCCAAGAUUCACUAAGGGAAUGGAGAAUUGUACUGUGAUCUCUAACUCCGAUGAAGAGCCGCCGGCCAAGAAAGCACAAAAUCCGGUUGAAUCUACCAUCGCCUCGGUGGGAAACGGGAGGCUCGCACCAUUGGAUCCAACUAAAUCAACCAAGGGAAAGGGUGAGCGAGUGACCCGUACUAGUGUCUUUGAAAAGCAUCAACAUAGUAACUUCUCUUUCAUUGGAGAGCCAAUUCCUUGCGAAGAGGCUCAAGAGAGAUGGCGCUGGAGAUAUGAUCUCAAGGAACGUAAAUCUAAGAGUAAAGGCCAACGGUCAGAAGAUGACGAAGACAAGAUUGCUGCAAAUGUGGAAUGCCAUUAUACGCAAGCAAAAGUCGACAACCAGACUUUUAGCCUUGGAGACUUUGCCCGCAUUAAGAUUAUGGUGUAUUCGCAUGGCCAUUGCUCCAAUAAACAUAGACUUUCUCAAGAGUUGAACUCAAAAAUUGUACCACCGCAUUUCCCUUUAUGGAAGCCUGCUAGAUUAAAUAAGUUAGAGAUAGUCUUAAGAGCUCAUGUGUGCAUGAAUUGGAGAGCAAAAGAAGUAGUGGAUUCAGAACUUGCAAUAUUUGAUAAGGACCUCACGAGAGUUCUUAAGACAGAUUCGAAAAGUUUUGGGAAAGACCGUACAACUUUCUAUUUCAACUCAUGGGAAAAGCUCUUGACGUCACUAGAAAACCUCUUUCUUGGAGCACUGGGUGAAGAAGAAGAGAACCAUAUUGGCAAGAUAGUAGAGUUUUUUAAGACAACAGAUGGAGAAAGCUACUUCCGAGCAGGAUUGAAGCCCAAAUCCAUCAAAUCUGACUUCUAUUUUGAUAUGGAGUAUUGCGUGGAGUAUUCUACAUUUCAAACCUUGAGAAAUUUUCAAUCUUCGGAAAACAAGCUUGAGUGUUGCGCCGGCGUGGUAGCUACGGAAUCCACGGAAUCUCUUUUGGAAAACAAACUCUUUAGCAAAGAGCUUCCUGUGCUUGAUCUUUACAGUGGUUGUGGUGGAAUGUCGACUGGGUUGAGUCUUGGAGCCAAGAUUUCUGGUGUUGAUGUCGUGACGAAAUGGGCUAUUGACCAGAAUUUGGCUGCCUGUGAGAGUUUGAAACUGAACCAUCCACAGACGCAGGUUAGGAAUGAUGCUGCUGGAGACUUCCUCCUACUUUUGAAGGAGUGGGAUAAAUUAUGCAAGCGCUAUGUGUUUAGUAAUGAUCAGACAACUGAUACAUUGAGAUCCGUAAAUUCAAAAAGAGAAGCCACUGAAAGUAGGUCUUCACGUGAUGAUUCAGAACCUGAGGAGUACGAAGUUGAAAAGCUGGUGGACAUAUGUUAUGGUGAUCCUGACAAUACCGGAGAAUAUGGCUUGAAGUUUAAGGUACACUGGAAAGGAUACAGCAGCAACGAAGAUAGUUGGGAGCCAGCAGCGGAACUGAGCAAUUGUCAAGAUGCCAUGCGGGAGUUUGUUACAAGUGGAUUCAAGGCUAAGAUCUUGCCCCUUCCUGGCGGUGUUGGUGUGAUAUGUGGGGGACCUCCAUGCCAAGGAAUCAGUGGCUAUAACCGCUUCAGGAAUGUUGAUUCUCCGUUGACUGAUGAAAGGAAUCAGCAAAUUAUAGUUUUCAUGGACAUAGUGGAGUAUCUGAAACCCGCAUUCGUGUUGAUGGAAAAUGUUGUUGAUAUUCUUCGUUUGGACAAAGGUUCUCUUGGGAGAUACGCUUUGAGCCGUCUUGUGCACCUGAGAUACCAAGCAAGGCUAGGUAUCAUGACUGCUGGUUGCUAUGGUCUUUCACAAUUCCGUUCCCGAGUUUUCAUGUGGGGAGCUGAUCUAAACAAUAACUUACCUCCAUUUCCGCUUCCAUCCCAUGAUGUUAUUGUCAGAUACGGGCUUCCACUUGAGUUCGAGCGGAAUGUAGUUGCUUAUACUGAAGGCCAACCUAGAAAACUUGAAAAAGCUCUUGUUCUAAAAGAUGCGAUAUCAGAUCUUCCUCAUGUGUCAAAUGAUGAAGUCCGGGAAAAUAUGCCUUAUGAAAGUUUCCCAGAGACAAAUUUCCAGAAAUACAUUAGAUCAACCAAACACGAUAUGACAGGCUCUGCAGUUGGUAAGUGUACGAAAAGGACGAUGCUGCUGCAUGAUCACAGGCCCUUCUAUAUGUCUGAAGAUGAUUACGCACGAGUUUGUCAAAUCCCAAGGAGGAAGGGAGCAAAUUUCAGGGAUCUUCCAGGUUUAAUUGUCAGAAACGACAACACAGUCUGCCGUGAUCCAUCAAUGAAUCCAGUCAUUCUGCCAUCAGGAAGGGCUUUGGUACCAGCCUACGUUUUCAAUUUUCAGCAAGGGAAAUCUAAAAGACCGUUUGCGCGUCUUUGGUGGGACGAAACAGUUCCGACCGUUCUAACAGUCCCGAGCUGCCACAAUCAGAUUGGAAAUGCAGUGGCUGUCUCGGUUUCUCGUGCUUUGGGUUAUUCUCUUGGUAUGGCCUUUCGUGGUCUAGCCCGUGACGAGCAUGUUAUCAUUCUUCCACAGAACUUUUCUCAUUCAAGUUACCUUCAGCUACAAGAAACCAUUCCCCAAUAG